CUCACCUCCUCUCCACCCCUCCUAUCGCUGCAAUCACGACCGAACGCGAAGAGCAAUACAGUGUAACGGUAUAGCUAAUUUAUAGUGGAUUUCCGUUAUCAGGACCACUAACCAUGGAAGAACUUACGGCGUUCGUUUCUAAAUCCUUUGACCAAAAAACGAAGGAGAGCAGUAAGGAGAGUAUCACGUACAGGGAAGUUUUGGAGAGUGGCUUGGCACGGGCAAGGGAGCUCGGAAACUCGGAGACCAAUCUACAGGACAUAACGGAAAGCAGCAACCACUGUCCGGUUCAUCUAUUCAAGGAACACGUAGAAUUAGAAAAGGAAAAAUUGAAGGACUUUAACGUUUCAAGGUCUUCAGAAGGGAUCUACGAAUGUAAGGACAAAAAGGAAGACGUAAAGUCGGAAGACGAGGACGCGCAGAGCAAGCUGAAGCAACGGCGGAGCAGAACCAACUUCACCCUGGAGCAGCUCAACGAGCUGGAGCGGCUUUUCGACGAGACCCACUACCCGGACGCCUUCAUGCGCGAGGAGUUGAGCCAAAGGCUGGGGCUGUCAGAGGCCAGAGUGCAGGUUUGGUUUCAGAACAGAAGGGCAAAAUGUCGAAAACAAGAAAACCAGAUGCACAAAGACAUCUCUCCGUUCUCCGCAGGUGUCAUCCUGGGCACCGCCAGUCACCUAGACGCUUGCAGAGUAGCUCCGUACGUCAACAUGGGGGCCCUGAGAAUGCCUUUCCAACAGGUACAGGCCCAGCUCCAGUUAGAAGGUGUUGCUCACUCUCACCCCCACCUGCACCCACACCUGGCGGCACAUGCCCCCUACCUGAUGUUCCCGCCCCCUCCCUUUGGACUACCAAUCGCUUCGUUGGCGGACUCAGCCUCUGCUGCGGCGGCUGUGGCGGCAGCUGCCAAAAGCAACAGCAAGAACUCCAGCAUCGCCGACCUGCGACUCAAGGCAGGACUUCUGCGGGGCCAGUGGCUCAGUCCACUCCAGGCACAGAUCUCAGCCCCUGGACCAUACAAACACAUGUGGAUGUCUGUCUGAAGGCCAGACCAGGCCAGCCAGUCAGACCCGAAGAGGCUUUAACAAAGCUAGCUGGCUAAGCAGACGGCAGGGCCAUGUUGACAUUGUAAACUCUUGACUGUGGAACAGACACAGACAACCAAGUGACAUCGGAACUGCUCUGACUUUACACACGUAAAAAAAAAGAGAAAAAAAAAAGAAAAGACAUGAUCUUGUUUGCCUCCAACCACUGUGUUCCCUGCCGCCGCCUAGUGCAUGAGUCCUAUUGGAGUAUAGUAGACCUGUAUGGGCCUGGCCGCUGUCUGUUUUAUCUCUGCCAUCUAGCCCCCACGACAUCUUCAUCUCCCAGGCCAAAGGUCACUGGCCUCUCUUAGGUUUCAAUUUCCUCAAGCUGUGGACCAAAAGAAAAGAACACCAAUCCCAUCUUCUUCGAGAAGGAGAGAACAAAUCUAUUGCUGGGCAUGUGUCAGUGAGACAGUUUUCUUUCCUUACACCUCAAUUUGUGCUCUCUCUUAUUUUUCUUUCUCUCUUUCUUAUUUCUUUCUGCUUAUUGUGAUUUGUCCUGGGUUUAGAAGUGAAAAUAGCCUUUGCACUUCAGGUCUUGUAUGUGGGUGUUUAAUAACGCCACUACAAGCAAAUACUACUUUAUUAAAUGAGGGGGGAUUUGAUAUCAUCACGACAUUGAAAAGAGACAGUCAUAAGAUGUUUCGUGAAAAAAGGGUAUAGCUGCAUUUUUGUAAUUUUGAAAAUAUGGAGAAAGCAUCAGUUAAACUGAAAUGCAAAUGUGUGCAGAUUAAGUGCAAUACUGUAAAUAUUAAAAGUAAACACAUAGCAGUUAAUCCUCCACGAUAUGGAAUCCCGACAAUUUUCAGUCAUUUUUGACGUGCUGAUAUUGUUGGUGUCAACUCUCUUUGCCAAACAGAACAGUUUUUCUAAAGCAGUGUAUAUUAUAUUAUGUUGUUACUUCAUCCACAAUAAUGUGCCAUAACACUUAGAAACUCCAUUGUAUUCAAACAUAGUUCUGUACACACCAGGAAAUGACAAUUAGUUGUGGAGGUAGACAUAUUAUUGAUAUAGCAGAAAUAUACAGCUGAUUUUUCUAGAAUAGUGCAUGUUGUUUUUACAAAGAGCACAUUUAACAACAAAGCGGCUUUAUGUAUUUAAAAUUAUUCAGAAGAAUUUCCAGAAAUUAUCCAACAGAUUAAUAAUUAUAUGAAAUAUUUGGAAUGUCAAAAACAUGAUUUAUUGUUUGUGGAAAGGCCAUUUGAUACAACUGUCUCAGCAUGUAUGUGAACCUGUGAAUCCUAGUCACGUCUACCUUCAACAAUGGAUUGCCAUUUUCUGUGGUCAUAAAUCUCAAAUUAUAGUUGUUUAGCGAUGUUUCCAUUUUAAAUUAAACAAAUGGGUGCUUUUAUUUAUUAUUUUGUCUGAAAGUUUAUGAAAGGUGAAAUAGUUACACGUGUACAUUUUACAUGGCUUUGCAUUUAUUUUUAUAUGUUUUAUAAAUGUUACAUGAGAGGUGUGGCUGUAGUGCAUUGUUUGCCUAAAUGUAGCGUGUCCGAGUUUACAAACAUUUCAGGGAUGGUUGAAUUUAUCAAAGCUCCAUGGAAGUUGUACCAUCAGAAUUACUAUCAUUUCAAAUGCAAGCAUGCCUAAACAUGAUUCACCAUACAGUUGUGUUUUUUCUCUUUUGAUUCACAAAAUAUGAAUGUACAUCUUGUACAAGUAAACUAUCAAUAAAGUUAUAAAUAUUUGUA